ACAACAACAUGAACUCUUGUUCCUUCACUCUCUUCACCUUUGCUACGAUUAUCUUUCUCCAAUGUUUAAGUUCCUUCGAAGCUGCAAGGUGUCAUCCUGAUGACGAGGCGGGUCUUUUAGCUUUCAAAGCUGGUAUAACCCAAGAUCCUUCCGGCCUUCUCAGCUCCUGGAAGAAAAAUACUUCUUGCUGUGCCUGGAAUGGUAUCACAUGCGGCCCGAGUGAGCGGGUAGUAACACUCGAUAUCGCUGGAGAGGCCGUUUAUAACAAAAACUACCUCCCCAGCACUAUCUCGCCGUUGCUUGCCAAAGUGAAGUACCUUGACUCGAUUUACAUCUUUCAACGAAAGUUCACCGGUUCGUUUCCUCAACUCCUUUUCAAAUUACCACAUCUACGUGUGGUUUAUUUGAUUAAUACCGGUCUCUCCGGUCCUCUUCCGGCCAACAUCGGUGCGUUAAGCCAGUUGGUAGCGUUGAAUCUUGAGGGAAACCACUUCACCGGUCCGAUCCCUAGCUCGAUGUCUAAUAUGACUCGGUUAACUGGGCUAAAACUUGGUGGCAACCGCCUCUCUGGAACCAUUCCAAAUAUUUUCAAGUCCAUGAGGAGCCUCGAGACUCUUGACCUCUCCCGCAAUAGAUUGUCCGGGAAACUUCCAAUGUCCGUUGCAAACCUUGCAUCGACUCUCAAAGAGCUCAUACUAAGCCAGAACAAUCUAACAGGGACGAUCCCAAACGAUUUCUCGAAGUUGAAGGCUCUCAACACUAUGGAUCUCUCACAAAAUCGAUUAUCUGGCGUCGUCCCAAUGAGUUUGGCCAAGCUGACGGAACUAACCACUCUCCAUCUCUCCCACAAUCUUCUAACUGAUCCAUUCCCUGCCUUAAAUAACACUAUUGGUGGCAUUGCAUCUCUGGAUCUAUCAUACAACAAAUUUCAUCUAAAAACAAUUCCGGAAUGGGUGACCUCCUCGACGUUCAAGAGCGUGUUGAAGCUAGCAAAAUGCGGGAUCAAGAUAAGCUUUGACGACUUGAAGCCGGUGCAACUCAACGGAUAUGGAUACAUUGACCUAUCGGAAAACGAGAUCUCAGGAAACCCCGCAUCGUUCUUGAAUCAAAAGGAUGACCUUUUGCUAGAGUUCCGUGCGUCGGGGAAUAAACUCCGAUUCGACAUGGGGAAGCUGGAUUUUAACAAGGCCCUAAAAGUCCUGGAUCUUUCAAGGAACUUGAUAUUUGGCGAGGUGCCUAAGGCAGUGGUAGGACUAAAGAAAUUGAACCUUAGUCAAAACCAUCUAUGCGGAAAGCUUCCUACUACAAAGUUUCCCGCAAGCGCUUUUGCAGGCAACGAUUGUCUUUGCGGUUCUCCACUUCCUCCUUGUAAAGCUAUAAAUUAAUUAUAAUUCUGUAUUUUGAUUUACCAUGAC